ACGUCGGGGGCGGGGCCUCCUGGGAUGAAGCGGGGGCGCGCAGCGCUGGUACAUCAGUAGCUGCUGCUGGGAACCGUGGAGUGUUUCUCUGCCCGAGGCCGGCACUCAGACCUGGAGGCUCCCGGCUCCUAGCUCGCGGUCACUGGCUCCUGGAGUCGUCGUAGCGGAGGCCCGCCGUUCCCUAGCCCGGAGUGGCCGGGGCCACCGCAGCGGCCGAGGUCGCCAUGAGUCCCGGGUUCCGCCGGGCGGUCGCCGGGCAGGGGGCGGCGGCCGCAGUGCAGCUGCUUGUCACUCUGAGCUUCCUCCCAAGUCUUGUCAAGAACCAGGUGACUGGAGUCCUGGAUGAUUGCUUGUGUGACAUUGACAGUAUUGAUAACUUCAACACCUACAAAAUCUUCCCCAAAAUAAAAAAGUUACAAGAACGAGACUAUUUUCGUUAUUACAAGGUUAAUCUGAAGCGACCAUGCCCUUUCUGGGCAGAAGAUGGCCAUUGUUCAAUAAAAGACUGUCAUGUGGAGCCCUGUCCGGAGAGUAAAAUUCCAGUUGGAAUUAAAGCCGGGCAUGCAAAUAAGUACUUGCAGGUGGCAAACACCACCACAGAACUGGAAGACUGUGAGCAGGCUAACAAACUGGGCGCCGUCAACAGCACAUUAAGUAAUGAAAGCAAAGAAGCAUUCAUUGACUGGGCGAGAUACGACGAUUCACAGGAUCACUUUUGUGAACUUGAUGAUGAGCGGUCUCCAGCUGCACAGUACGUGGACCUGCUGCUGAACCCGGAGCGGUACACUGGCUACAAGGGCUCCUCGGCAUGGCGGGUGUGGAACAGCAUCUACGAGGAAAACUGCUUCAAGCCCCGAUCUGUGUAUCGUCCUUUAAAUCCUCUGGCGCCCAGCCGAGGGGAAGAUGAUGGAGAAUCGUUCUAUACAUGGCUAGAAGGUUUAUGUCUUGAGAAAAGAGUCUUCUAUAAGCUUAUAUCGGGACUUCAUGCCAGCAUCAAUUUACAUCUGUGUGCAAAUUAUCUUCUGGAAGAAACCUGGGGUAAACCUAGUUGGGGACCUAACAUCAAAGAAUUUAAACGUCGCUUUGACCCUGUGGAAACAAAGGGGGAAGGUCCAAGAAGGCUGAAGAAUCUGUACUUUUUAUACUUGAUAGAGCUUCGUGCUUUGUCAAAGGUGGCCCCUUAUUUUGAGCGCUCGAUUGUUGAUCUUUAUACUGGCAACUUGGAAGAAGAUGCUGACACCAAGACCCUUCUGCUCAGCAUCUUUCAGGACACAAAGUCCUUUCCCAUGCACUUCGAUGAGAAAUCCAUGUUUGCAGGUGACAAAAAGGGGGCCAAGUCAUUAAAGGAGGAAUUCCGGUUACAUUUCAAGAACAUCUCCCGCAUCAUGGACUGUGUUGGGUGUGAUAAAUGCAGAUUGUGGGGAAAAUUGCAGACUCAGGGUUUAGGAACAGCCUUGAAGAUACUAUUCUCUGAAAAAGAAAUCCAAAAACUUCCGGAGAACAGUCCAUCUAAAGGCUUCCAGCUCACUCGGCAGGAAAUAGUUGCUCUUUUAAACGCUUUUGGAAGGCUUUCUACAAGCAUAACAGAAUUACAGAACUUUAAAGCGUUAUUGCAGAACAGGAGGCUCUCUGAAGACAGCCCCGGGCACAGUCUGGCUGGCGUCUGUGCAGACGACUCCUCAGGACGCUAUCUUAAAUAUCAUUAAAAUGGCUAUCUUCCUUUCAUCACAAAGCAAAGCACAUCGGGAAAGUACCAAAAGGAUAAAGUGUGGUGAAAAGAAAGGGCACUACAGAGCGUCGUGGAGCACUGAGGAGCAUCACGGAGCACCGCCAAGCAUGGCAGCGCGCCAUCCAGCAUCACAGGCCACUAUGAUAUAUUAUCCAGCACCACGGACCAUGGCACCUGCUGCCAGCUCUGGGUGUGGAUCCCCGUAUUCCACUUCCUAUCUGGAUGCCACAGCAGAACCAACAAACCUCCAUUUCCCUUCUCUCCUGCUGCCCACCAUCUGCCUCGGCCCAGUACACCAUGAGAAGAGGGUAUGGGGUGCAGGCUAGAUCCACAAAUCCCUGUCUGGUCCUUAAACAGGCUGAUCUUUCCACCUGUAACCUCCCUUUUCUAGAUUUCUGGGUAGCAAAACCUGUUCUAGCACCUUCGGGAUCUGACAAUCUUUACCUCCUAGUGCUAAGAUCACAAGCAUCCAUGCCAAGCCACACUUAAAAAAAAAAUUCUGAGGAUCAAAUGCAGGUCUUGACUGAGCCAGAUCUCCAGAUACAAGUCUUAAAGGGGCUGGAACAAAGACUCACAACAAUUUACAGGAAACAUGUAUAAUCUAAAUACAAUCUAAUCUAAUUUAUAACUUAUGCUUAAAGUUAGAAAGUGUGUGUGUGUGUGUGUGUGUGUAUGGGGGGGCGGUCAGGUGCCACAGCACACCUAUGGAAAUCAGAGGACAAUUAUGAUAGUUCUUUCUACCACGUAGGUUCUGGGGAUAGGACUCAGGUCAUCAGCUUGCCAGCAAGCACCUUUACCCACUGAGCAAUCUUGCCAGCCCAUUUAUGAGAAUUUUUGAGCCAUUGACGAUUGAAUCCAUGGGUGUGGAUUAUAUUUAAAUGAAGUCUCUGUGUACAUUUUUCUUGUGACCCGAUGAUUCACUUUUCCAGUAUUUUGUACCCACGGUGGUGAAGUACUUUGGGCAAGACCACAAAACACAAAGAAUGCCAUGUGCCCCAGCCCUCUCUUCAGCCCUUUCUUACUAUGUCUCCAAAGCCAAACCUGACCAUCAUUGCUCACCUCUGAUGACACAGGGUCUUAUUAGCCCAGAUUAGCUCCAAUUCACUCCGGAGCACAGGGAGGCUUCAAACACAAGAUUCUGCCUCAUCAUCCCGAGCACAGAGGUUACACAAGCAUACCUGAGCCAAAUCUGACCUUUCUAAGCUUUGGAGCGUGACCAAUUUUUCUGACAAUGCAGGAGGAGCGUGCACUGUUAGCUUUUGUCACAGACUGCGUAUGUCACUCAAGGUCUCUCCUGACCAUGUUCCUCUCUUGGGCUCCUAGAAUAAACCAGUACAACCUCAAACUCGGUGCCCAGCUGAGGUGAUUUUGGAUUUCUGAUCCUUCUGCUUUUACCUCUAGAGUCCAGAGAUCACAGGUGUGCACCACAAGUGGUUUUUACUGUCCUCAGGGCUGGACUCAGGCUUUGUGCAUGCUAGGCGAGGACUGACCAAAAGCUACAUUGUUUUAACUAGUGCUUGAAGCCAGCAUGAUUGUGCAUACCCACCAAGCCAGCAAGCCGGAGGCUGAGGAAGAAGCACAGAGAGUGCAAGGCAAACUGGGAGGACAUGUGUGUACUGUCCCACAGGACCCCUGCAAAUCCUAUCUAUGUGCAGGCUCCUGCGAACAAUGGAAAGCAUUCCAUCAGGCAAACAGGACCACUGCAGCGUUGUCUGGGUGUUUACAGAGGGGUCAAUGUGCACACCUCAGCUGGCAAAACAGGUUUCUUGUGCAAACGCGUCACCUUCUGUCUGAGAAGCAGAAGUUGUUUUGGGGGUACUUACCGAUAUUUGAGUAACUCUGGAGAAUAUUUGGACUUGGCCUUGAAAAUCACCUGCAAUGACAGGAAAACAUGGAAGGUUGGGGCGCAAAGUAUGGACGGCAACGAGAUGUCACCGUCACCUAGGAUCCCCCUCCUUCUACAGCAAGAUGCCAGACACUUUUCCUGUGAAAGAAGCAGUCCUCAAGAGGCUAGAAAGGGUGCCAAGUUCAAGGACUGCCUGGGCUACACAGCGAUUUUGAAGACAGCUUCAGCAACUGAGUGAACCUUGUCUUGAAAAGUAAAAUAAGGACGGGGUUCUAGCUCAGUGGCCAAGUUGUUGCCUAACACUCACAGGGUCUGAAAAAAAACAAAACCAAACCCCAGGAGUCUUUGUUAAAAUAUCCAGUGAAGAAGAGAGAGGAACUACAUUAUUUUCAAAGAGUGUUUUUGAGGCAGGCAUGGUGGUCUAUGCCCACCAUUCUCACACUCAGGAGAUUCAAAUAUUUGAAGCCAGCCAAGGCAAGACUCUGUCACAAUGAAGAAGAACAACAACAAACUGUUGAUCUUAUCUUGGGAAUACGUAAUUUUAUUUCAUGUUGUGCCACAAUUGGAGGUUCAUUCAAAGCAUGUAACAUUCUCUAACUAUACAAGGUCCAGUGCCUCUGGGAGCUGCAUUGCCAGCCGGGGCACAAGUGAGUGGCUCUAUCCAAUGGGCUCAGCUCCAUGAAUGCUGCUGUCAGCAAAGAGAAAGCAAAGGCCAGCCCUGCUUUCAAUGGCUUACAGUCCCACUGCAGAAGAAGGGCCCAGAUAUACAGAACCACAAAGAAGUCUCUUACAGCAGCUGGUGGGAGCACAGGCCUACAGGCCACGGAAUCAGCCUCAGACUGGGACACCAGCUCCUAUCUGCUCUCGGCAUGUGCUGCAGCUGUAGCCUAGGUCACAUGGUGACACUGGAGAGACUGUGAGAGCAUUAGAGUGAACCCAGGACUCCUGUGGAGUCAAGCUCACUUUUAGCCUUGGCCAGUGCUGUUGUCUCUUUCCCAUGGGAUCUGCAGAAUGAUGUCUUUGCUCAAGAGAUAUAAAAAACCCCAACAGUCCCCCAGCCCACCUUAUACAAACUAUAAGCCUUAUAAAUAAGGAAACUUUUUUUUUCUUCCAAUAGUCACUGAUCCUGGAGCUCGGCCUGCCCACUUUCAGUGAAGGAGACACUGAAUGGAAUCAGGUGGGACCCGACAACCCUAGCCAAGACCCAUAAAAAUCCUUUCCCAGUCCCACUCUGUAAAGGACAGAGUUCCCAGUUCUGGCACACAUGCCUUGUAAGUGUUCACCUACUUCAUCUCAACAAUUACACCUGUGAGAAUUCACACUGAGACAGAACCCAUCAUGCUGUUCCAACAGAACUGGUACUCAAUUUAUAAUAAACGUUAUCAGAAAUUGGAAAAA